GACGACUCUUCUGCAAUGCUGUCAGAUGAGCUGUGAAAAGCUCCAUGGCGACACCGACUGUCGAGAAGUUUCUGUUGGAGGUCUCUAGGGUUCUGCGGGAACGAAAUGGCCCCCAGCUUCAAGAUAUUCUCGUCAUCGAACCUCCAUUGCCUCCGCUCUAUAAUCUGAUGGUGAACGAGCUCCGGAACGCAUUUCCAAGCGGGCAAGAUGACGCAUUAGAAGACAAGUGCACAAGGGCAUUGCCUGAGUAUGUGGAGAUGGAAGAUGGCAGCUCCUGGACUGCCUUCAUCAAAUUCAUGCGGCAAUACUUUUGUUUUCUCCGGGAUGUAAAUGUGGAGAAUCUGGUGGAGACCUUUCAGCUCCUGCGAAACCUCGUCAAACAGUCCGUCAAUGCCCUCGGUCACGGAUCUAUGGGCGUCGUGCUUCUACCCACAGUGAUCGCCUUUUCGCGCGCCCUCACCAAGCUCACGAUUGCUCUUCAUAAAAAGCCUCAAUUGAUUGCACACUUGAUACGAAGACAAGCGGCCGAUGAAAGUGGCUCCAGAUCGACUCUUGUGGACACUGCUGCGGAUGUUUUGAGAGACGCAUUCAGUGGGUGUCUGAAUGACCGGUCAGUGACAGGCGCAGGAGUUGGCAGCGAUGGGCGGCCAAUGGGCAAGAAGAUCAGCAUCUACGUGAUUGCAAAUCUCUGCCUGAAGCUAUAUUUUGAGUGCGACAAGAUCCGCAGCGCAGAGCAAAUCUUCGUCAACAUCCAGAACGGGUCGCCGCCUCUUUCGCUGUAUCCGGCCUCGCAACGAGUAACAUAUCUAUACUACUUGGGUCGCUACUACUUUGUCAACAAUCAUUUUUACCGCGCGCAGCUAGCUCUUCAAUCAGCGUACGACGGAUGUCAUUCAAAAUGCGUCCAACAGCGCAGUCGAAUCCUCCCUUUUCUGAUAACGGCGUGCAUGACUCUUGGACGAUUCCCAUCUCAAGCACUACUCCGUCGUCCUGAAGCAGCCGGCCUUGCAGAGAAAUUUUUGCCUAUAUGCCGAGCCAUAUCUCGAGGUGACCUGGCGACCUUUCGAAGUUUCUUUGGGCCGGAGGGCCCGCACACAGAUUAUUUCCUUCGGCGGCGUCUUUUACUCCCCUUACGUGACCGCUGCGAAGUCCUCGUGUGGCGUUCCAUGGCGCGUAAGACCUUUCUAUUGGCUGGCUCCCAGGGUGACCCAGGAGCACGCAAAGCACCAACUUUUGACUUGCAUGACUUACUUCGUUUAACUCAAGUAUUGGAGAGGAGAUCAUUUGGGCAAACGCAAAAGAAGCCUAUCGGAAAGACACAUACGAAUUCUAUUUUUAUGUUUCAAAAUUCUCAACAGAAUGGUAUCAAGCCAGAGCUAUACGUUGACCCAGAUGUAAAAGGAGUGGCUGAGCCGGCUGGGCCGCCGGAGCCAACAAUGUUGGAUAUUGAAAGCAUGGUAUCUUCGCUCAUUUACCAAGGGUUUCUUGGAGGAUUCAUCUCGCAUCGGCAACUUCGGUUUGCAAUUAGGGGAGCAAAAGAAAAAGGCUCGCUGAACGCAGGCUUUCCAAAUGUCUGGGAGGUCAUCAAGAGCAGGUCAAGUGAUGCAGUUCCCGGUUGGAAAAGGGACGAGGUGUCUAGUGUUAGGAAUGGCGUGAGCAGACCACCUGGUCCAGGAAUGGUUAUUCAUCUGAGUGGAGCCAGACCUGCUGGUACUCCGCCAAUGUAAGAUUCUCGGCUUUGUUUUUAGGUUAUUUCUUGUCAUGGUCUCUUUAUGCAUCUUCGAGGCGUUGUGGAUAUAUCAUACCAUCGGACGGCGUUUGUGGAUAGAUCUCAAAAAUAGCAUAGAUCAACGACUUAAAACCCCUGAGCAACUUUCUUCAUUACAUACAUAUUUCACUAAAGAGGAUAUAUAGUGUCCAUAGGACUAUACUGUGAACUCGGAGAGCCACAGUAACUGAUUUUGAUAAUUCAACUACCUGAUUGAUUACAUGGCCAGCUUUUUGGUAGGUCCAACAUAGGGCGACUUUCUUGCAAAAUCCCAGAUCAAAUAAUUGGGAAAUAUAGCCUGA